GUGUGCUGCUGCUGUUGAAGUGCUGUAGCUGUUCUGGCAGUGCCUCAUGUCAAAGUCAGCACAAAGCCAAGCUGUGUUCACACAGAAUUGUUUAUUCCUUUGAAGGGGGGGAGAGCAGUCACCUUGAAGUUCGGCUUUGAAUUCACAGUCGAGGUUUAUUCCAGAGUUGAAAAAGCUUGAACAAUAUAUUUUCUCCAUGUUUGGAAAAAGAUAGUUGCUACACACGAGGAGGAUAAGUGCAAAAAGAUGAGUAUGUUAAAACCAAGUGGACUGAAGGCUCCUUCAAAGACCAUCAAGCACGGCAGUACACUGCUCAAAACACCUACACCUGUUGCUGCUGCUCCAGCAGAAAAAGCAGCUCCCAGUGAGAAGACCUCAAGCACAGCCCCUGCAGAUGCCCACGAGGAGUUUGUGGAUGAUUUCAGGGUCGGGGAGCGUGUUUGGGUCAAUGGAAACAAACCCGGCUUUAUCCAGUUCCUGGGUGAGACGCAGUUUGCCCCGGGGCAGUGGGCAGGGAUUGUCCUGGACGAACCCAUCGGGAAGAACGAUGGCUCCGUGGCUGGAGUUCGCUAUUUCCAGUGUGAGCCCCUGAGGGGAAUAUUCACCAGGCCAUCCAAACUGAGCAGGAAAGUGGUGACAGAGGACGAAGCCAACGGUACCCAGACAGCUCACGCUUCCAGAGCCACCUCCCCAACAUCCACAUCAGCUGCUAGUGCAGUGUCCUCAUCCACUGCUGCACUUCCCCCUUCAGGAAUCCCACAGAAAAGCCCCCUUGCUGCUAAGGAACAUGCAACUCCAUCUCAGAUUAGCAAUCUUUCCAAAACUGCCAGUGAAUCUAUAUCAAACCUCUCGGAAGCUGGAUCACUAAAGAAAGGAGAAAGGGAGCUCAAAAUUGGAGAUCGAGUGCUGGUUGGAGGAACAAAAGCUGGAGUGGUGCGUUUUCUGGGAGAAACUGACUUUGCUAAAGGAGAAUGGUGUGGGGUAGAGCUGGAUGAGCCCCUGGGAAAGAAUGAUGGAGCUGUGGCUGGCACGAGGUAUUUCCAGUGCCAGCCCAAGUACGGGCUCUUCGCCCCGGUGCACAAGGUGACCAAGAUCGGCUUCCCCUCCACGACCCCGGCCAAGGCCAAGCCCGCGGUGCGCAAGGUGCUGCCCACGCCCACGGCCCUGAAGCGCAGCCCCAGCGCCUCCUCGCUGAGCUCGCUGAGCUCGGUGGCCUCCUCCGUAAGCAGCAAGCCCAGCCGCACAGGACUCUUGACAGAAACCUCUUCCCGGUAUGCAAGAAAAAUUUCGGGCACCACGGCCCUCCAGGAAGCACUGAAGGAGAAGCAGCAGCACAUUGAGCAGCUCCUGGCUGAAAGGGACCUGGAGAGGGCAGAAGUUGCAAAAGCAACGAGCCACGUCGGGGAGAUCGAGCAGGAAUUGGCUCUGGUUCGCGAUGGGCACGACCGGCACGUGCUGGAGAUGGAGGCAAAAAUGGACCAGCUCCGAGCCAUGGUGGAGGCAGCUGACAGGGAGAAAGUGGAGCUCCUCAAUCAGCUUGAGGAAGAGAAAAGGAAAGUUGAAGACCUUCAGUUCCGUGUGGAAGAAGAAUCCAUUACCAAAGGAGACCUAGAGCGAAAGAGGCAGAUUUCGGAAGACCCAGAAAAUACGCAGACCAAACUGGAGCAUGCCCGCAUUAAGGAGCUUGAACAGAGCCUGCUCUUUGAAAAGACCAAAGCUGACAAACUCCAGAGAGAGUUAGAAGACACUAGGGUGGCCACAGUGUCAGAAAAGUCCCGGAUCAUGGAGCUGGAGAGGGACCUGGCACUGAGGGUGAAGGAAGUGGCUGAGCUCCGAGGGAGGCUGGAUUCCAGCAAACACAUCGACGAUGUGGACACUUCUCUCUCCUUGCUACAAGAAAUCAGUUCUUUGCAAGAAAAAAUGGCAGCAGCUGGCAAAGAACAUCAGAACGAGAUGAACUCGCUGAAAGAGAAGUUUGGCCUUAGUGAGGAAGCCUUGCAGAAAGAGAUCAAGUCCCUUUCAGCUUCAAAUGAGAGAAUGGCAAAGGAAAAUGAAUCCUUGAAAACCAAGCUUGACCACGCCAACAAAGAGAAUUCCGACGUGAUUGAGCUGUGGAAGUCCAAGCUGGAAUCUGCAAUUGCCUCCCAUCAGCAAGCCAUGGAAGAGCUGAAAGUUUCUUUCAGCAAAGGUGUUGGGGCUCAGACAGCAGAAUUCGCUGAGUUAAAGACUCAGAUUGAGAAGAUGAAAUUAGACUAUGAGAAUGAAGUGGCAAACCUAAAACUGAAGCAGGAAAAUGAGAGAUCUCAGCACUUGAAAGAGAUCGAGUCGCUGAAAGCAAAACUGGUGGCAGUCACGGAGGAGAAAGAGCAAAACCUGGAAAGCCUGAAGACCAAACUGGAAAGUGUGGAAGAUCAGCAUCUAGUAGAAAUGGAAGACACUUUAAACAAAUUGCAGGAAGCUGAGAUAAAGGUAAAGGAGCUAGAGGUACUGCAAGCCAAGUGCAAUGAACAAACCAAAGUUAUUGAUAGUCUUACACCACAGAUCAAAGCUGCUGAAGAAAAGCUUUUGGACCUUGCUGCACUUGAGAAAGCCAAUUCUGAAGGUAAAUUGGAAAUCGAGAAACUUAGCAAGCAGCUUGAGGCAGCUGAGAAACAAAUUCAGACUUUAGAGACUGAAAAGGGUGAUGGAAUUAGCCAGGCCAGUAAUCUGGCCAAAGAACUGCAGGGCAAAGAGCAAAAGCUUCUUGACUAUGAGAAAAACUUGAGUGCAGUAAAUCAAGUUAAAGAUUCUUUGGAAAAGGAACUUCAAGUUUUGAAAGAAAAAUUUACUAGUGCAGCUGAUGAAGCAGAGAAUGUUCAACAAGCUAUGCAAGAAACGGUGAAGAAGCUGAACCAAAAAGAAGAGCAGUUUGCACUCAUGUCUUCAGAACUGGAGCAGCUCAAGUCUAGUUUGACUGAGAUGGAGAGGAAGCUGAGGGAGAGAGAAGAGAGGGAGCAGCAGCUGAUGGAAGCAAAAGCCAAACUUGAAAAUGACAUUGCAGAGAUCAUGAAGUCAUCAGGAGACAGCUCUGCCCAGCUCACAAGAAUGAACGAUGAGCUGAGGUUAAAAGAAAGGCAGUUGGAGCAAAUACAACUUGAGCUCACAAAAGCGAAUGAAAAGGCUGCUCAGCUUGAGGAAAACGUGGAGCAGACAACACAGAAAGCUGAGCAGAGUCAGCAGGAGACUCUCAAGAUUCAUCAAGCAGAACUGAAAACUCUACAGGAUCAUUUAGCAGACAUGAAAAAGCAGAUUGAGAGCAGCCAACAUCAGUACAAAGAUCUUCAGGCAAAGCAUGAAAAAGAAAUUUCUGAGCUGGUGGCUAAACAUGAUGCAGAUAUCCAAGGGUUUAAGCAGAACCUGCUGGAUGCAGAAGAGGCACUGAAAAGUGCCCAGAAGAAAAACAGCGAGCUGGAGGCACAGGCUGAGGAGCUGCAGAAACAAGCAGAGCAGGCCAGAGUGGCCAAACUGGCAGAAGAUGUUUUCCAGGCAGUGGAGCAGGUGACCAAGGAGAAGGAUGCUAUUCACAAAGAGAAGAUUGAAACUUUGGCCUCUUUGGAGAACUCAAGACAGACAAACCAGAAGCUGCAGAAUGAAUUGGACAUGCUUAAACAAAACAACCUGAAAAAUGAAGAGGAACUUAAUAAGUCAAAAGAGCUUCUGAAUCUGGAGAACAAGAAAGUGGAAGAACUUAAAAAGGAAUUCGAAGCGCUCAAGCUGGCAGCGGCUCACAAGUCCCAGCAGCUCGAGGCUCUGCAGGAGGAGAACGUGAAACUGGCCGAGGAGCUGGGCAGGAGCAGGGACGAGGUCUCGAGCCACCACCACAAGCUGGAAGAGGAGAGAUCAGUACUCAAUAACCAGUUAUUAGAGAUGAAAAAGAGAGAAUCAACUUUAAAAAAAGAAAUUGAUGAAGAGAGAGCAUCUUUACAGAAAUCCAUCAAUGUUACUAGUGCCUUGAUCACACAGAAAGAUGAGGAACUGGAAAAACUCAGGCAUGAGAUCACGGUGCUCCGCGGAGAAAACGCUUCUGCAAAAACCCUGCAGUCAAUGGUGAAGUCACUAGAGUCUGACAAACUGAAACUUGAGGAAAAGGUGAAGAACUUGGAGCAGAAACUCAAGGAAAACAACGAGCAGCCUUUAAGUGUAAUGAGCCCCUCAGGUGAUGCUGCUACUCUGCUUCAGGAGGAAAUUGCAAGAGAGAAGCAGGGCGAGAUCGACUUCCUGAAUUCAGUGAUAGUUGAUCUGCAAAGGAGAAACGAAGAAUUGAACUUGAAGAUACAAAGAAUGUGUGAAGCAGCCCUCAAUGGCAAUGAAGAGGAGAUAAAUAACUAUGACAGUGAGGAGGAGAGCCUGUCCAAGAAGAAGCCGCGUCUUUUCUGCGACAUCUGCGGCUGCUUCGACCUGCACGACACCGAGGACUGUCCGACGCAGGCGCAGGCGCUGGAGGAGCCGCCGCACUCGGCGCACCACGGCAGCCGGCGGGAGGAGCGGCCCUACUGCGACACCUGCGAGGUGUUCGGCCACUGGACGGCCGACUGCAACGACGACGAGACCUUCUGAUGGGGGGACAGGGCCCCCGACCUCUGCACCACCAGCAGCCACCUGUGCUGAAUGUCAGGACAAGGGACAGUGACCCCCGCUUCCCUGCCCACCUGCUCCAAACUCCUUACAAGCAUAAAUAUUUUGAUUUUCCACUAAUAAAUACCCCCUGUCCCUUUUUAACAAACUUCAGCGAAAGAUAAAUAAAUGAUUUAACAAGUGACUUUAUGCUGUUUCUUCCCAGGUUCUGGGUUUGUCCUGCCCUUAACAGGAAAUGCCCCUGUGCUGUUGGAUCUAUUGGUGGGAAAACAUGUAUAGGAAUGAAGCACUAGAGUUAUAUUAAAGCUUAUUUAAAUACCUUAAAAAUAUGCUGUUAAUUUUCAUAUUUGCACUAAACCAUUUUAAGGCUGAAUUUGUACAUUUAGAUUUUUAAGCUUUUUU